AUGAAGAUAUUAAUGGGUUGCAAAAGUCUUCACACACUCCUCCUUACUGGUUCGUUUGACCGCAAGGCAAUGCCAACUGAUGAUGACAUGGUGGAUUUUCACGGAUUCCAAAAUCUUUGUUUCUUGAGUUUGGUUAAAUGUGGGCUUACUGGUCAGAUAACCGGUUUGAUAGACCUAUCAGUCAAUAACAUUAAUGGUAGUAUACCUACUGAGAUCAGUCAAUUGCAGCUUCUUUGUGAGUUGUAUCUUCACAGCAACAACAUCUCUAGCGACAUUCUGAACCAAAUAUCUAACCUAAUAUAUUUAGAGAAUUUGAACCUCUCCACGGAUAAUUUGUCUGGAAAAAUUCCCUCGUUCAUGACGAGCCUUAAUUUCUUAAGUGUUUUCAGUGUCUUAUACAAUAAUCUUCAAGGACAAAUACCAACAAGCACGCAGCUUCAGAGCUUCAAUGAUUCUUCAUUUGAGGGGAACCCAAAACUUUGUGGCGCUCCACUUCCAAAUGAGUGUAGAGAAAUUGAUCAGGAGAACAAGAACAACGUCUACCAAUAUGCGGAUAAUGAAUGCGAUGAGCUUCCCUGA